AGGAUGGAGGUCUCGCAGCUUCUACGCCUGCUCCUCACCACCACCAUGCUGGGUCUCUCCCAGACAGUGAACCCCUUUGUAGCCCAGCAGACCCCUCCAGACCCUUGCUACGAUGAGAGCGGCACUCCCCGCCGCUGCAUCCCUGAAUUUGUCAACGCUGCCUUUGGGAAGGAGGUCCAAGCUUCCAGCACAUGCGGGAAGCCCCCAACGCGUCACUGUGAUGCCUCGGACCCCCGGCGAGCCCACCCACCUGCCUACCUGACCGACCUCAACACCGCUUCCAACAUGACGUGUUGGCGCUCAGAGACCCUGCACCACUCCCCCCAGAACGUCACGCUCACCCUCUCCCUCGGCAAGAAGUUUGAGGUGGUCUAUGUCAGCCUCCAGUUCUGCUCACCCCGGCCCGAGUCCACUGCCAUCCUCAAGUCCAUGGACUACGGCAAGACAUGGGUGCCCUACCAGUAUUACUCCUCCCAGUGCCGUAAGAUCUACGGCAAGCCCAGCAAAGCCACCGUCACCAAGCAGAAUGAGCAGGAGGCCCUCUGCACCGAUGGGCUCACCGACCUCUACCCCCUCACUGGUGGGCUCAUCGCCUUCAGCACCCUUGACGGGCGACCCUCUGCCCAGGACUUUGACAGCAGCCCUGUGCUGCAGGACUGGGUGACAGCCACUGACAUCCGCGUGGUCUUCAGCCGCCCACAUCUCUUCCGUGACCUGGGCGGCCGAGACGCUGGCGAGGAGGAAGGGGCCACCAGCUCCACCCCCUAUUACUACUCGGUGGGGGAGCUGCAGGUUGGCGGGCGCUGCAAAUGCAAUGGGCACGCAGCGCGCUGCGUCAAGGACAAAGAGCAGAAGCUGGUGUGUGACUGCAAGCACAACACGGAGGGUCCUGAGUGUGACCGCUGCAAGCCCUUCCACUAUGACCGGCCCUGGCAGCGGGCCACUGCCCGCGAGGCCAACGAGUGUCUGGCCUGCAACUGCAACCUGCACGCCCGGCGCUGCCGCUUCAACAUGGAGCUGUACAAGCUGUCGGGGCGCAAGAGCGGCGGCGUCUGCCUCAACUGCCGGCACAACACGGCGGGGCGGCACUGCCACUACUGCAAGGAGGGCUUCUACAGGGACCUCAGCAAGGCCAUCACCGACCGUAAGGCCUGCAAAGCUUGUGACUGCCACCCUGUUGGAGCAGCUGGCAAGACCUGCAACCAGACCACGGGGCAGUGCCCGUGCAAGGACGGGGUGACUGGUCUCACCUGCAACCGCUGUGCCAAGGGCUACCAGCAGAGCCGCUCGCCCGUGGCCCCCUGCAUCAAGAUCCCUGCCAUCAACCCCACCUCCCUAGUCACCAGCACAGAGGCUCCUGCAGACUGUGACUCCUACUGCAAGCCAGCCAAGGGGAACUACAAGAUUAACAUGAAGAAGUACUGCAAGAAGGACUAUGUGGUCCAAGUGAACAUCCUGGAAAUGGAGACGGUGGCCAACUGGGCCAAGUUCACCAUCAACAUCCUCUCUGUCUACAAGUGCCGCGAUGAGCGGGUCAAGCGCGGUGACAACUUCUUGUGGAUCCACCUGAAAGACCUUUCCUGCAAGUGCCCCAAGAUCCAAAUCAGCAAGAAGUAUUUGGUCAUGGGGAUCAGUGAAAACUCCACCGACCGGCCAGGACUGAUGGCCGACAAGAACAGCCUGGUCAUCCAGUGGCGGGACGCCUGGACGCGCCGCCUUCGGAAACUGCAGCGGCGGGAGAAGAAGGGGAAGUGCCUGAAGCCCUGAGGUGUUUCCACUCACCCCCUCCCACCCCACGCUCAGCUCCAGCCCAGCUGAGCUGCCAGACUGUGCCCAGGACUCUGUACAUAUCUCUAGCGUGAACGGACUCUUCUGUCUAUAGUGUAUAUUUUGACAACGGUUCCCUUGGUGUGUGCGUGUGCACGCGUGGGUGUGCGUCUGGGUCUUUCUCGAAGUGUGUCCUCAAAAUAAGUCAGGAACGACAAACCUUUAAUGAGGAGCAAAGUGGAGUCAGAGCCUGAGGGUGCCUGUUGCUUGAAGAAGCUUGAGGGGGAUCCCUGUCCUGCCCUGGCCAUGCUGUUCCUAGGCUUUUCUUUUCUCAUUGACAAAGUCUUCUUCUGCCCAGUGUAGAUAUCUAAAUUGAGGGCUCUCCCUUCUCUGGUGUCCAGGGCCUGCCUCUUCCUUGCUCUCUGAAAAUGUGCUGCUGUCAAAUUUCUCUCUGGCCUUCUCCUUGCCCAGCAGGAACAGGGGGUCAGAGUCUUCUGUCCUCAUCCCCAUGUGUGUACAGACAGGCUGAGUGGAAACCAUCUAACGCUGGAGAGGGAUCAGCCCCAGGAGCUCCACCAGGAAGAACAAAUGAACUUUUACAAGGCCUGAUUCUCUGGUGACCUUGGGUUUACACAGACCAGUGCUGCUGCUUGGGACAGGACCCGUGUGAUGCUGCAGUGUCAUGGGGAGAAUCAAGCCCUGGCAGUGGAUUGGUGGCUACUACCAGGGAGAGCUGUGUUCACCAGGUGGGGGACAGACUUCACAACUACCUGGCUAUUACCUCUCCUGGUGCAGGAGUUCAGGUGACCCAGGGGGAAGACCUGGAGAUACCCAUUGUUUCGUCCCAUGUUCUGCCAGCAGGACCUAGGGUGGAGUGGCUGGGCUGACCAUAACCAUGGUGUAUCGUCAUCCAUCUGCCCAGGUCUGUGUCCCCAUAUUCUUAUCUGGUGCCAACUGCCAUAAUUCCACCUGUUUCUGUUGAGCUGACACCAAGUGACCUUGGUGUGCACCCUUCAGAGCUGGCCUGACUGCAUGCUCUCUUGGGAAGUGUUGCUGUGGCCAAGAUUGUCCACGGAGCUGCACAAGGCAGAGGUGGCAGGAAGACAGAAGAGCUUUCACUGGCCCACCUCUAGUCUUUUCUAUCUUCAUCAUGUAUUAGUCUCCAGUUCAAACAGACAUCAGUAUCUUCCCAUGUUGAGAUUGUAGUGGUCUUGGCAUAAUAAAUAUGAGUGGAAACACCAGGUGUUCUGACAACAGAUAUUCCUUUCCCUACAAACCUCACUUACUGAAUGGCUCAGCAAGGUGCUGUAGCCUGCACUGCAGCCUUCCAGGGCUUUAGGAUGAUGCUUUGUCUUUUUGAGCCCAGGGCAGCUUACAUGGACUCCCCAGACCAUGGGUGCUCUGGUGCUUUUUGGCUCCAGCAUUCCAGGGUGGUGGAGGAGCCUGCAGCUGAAGAGACUGGUGGAGCACUGUUGGGGUUCAGGGCAGGGGAGUUUGGGGAGUGAAGAUCCAGGCACUGGGGGAUGUGCCCUAGUCAGGGAGCUUGCUGCAUUGGUGAAGUGCUAGAGAUGCUGGAAGUGGGUAUUCAGAGAUGCAGCAGGCCUGCAGGGACCUUUCAGGUCCAUGGAUGCUGGAGUACCUACAUAGGGCAUGAGCAGAGCUGAGGGGAGGCCAGAAGCUGAGGACCAAAGGGUAUGUGGGACCACUUGGGCUUGGAUGAGCUGGUCCUUUGCCACAUUUCCACAGACUCCCUGCUUCCCUUCCCCAGCUGAGCUGAGGGGAUCCUCCCAUCCCUGGUUCCUCUUGCUCUGGUUGUCACGGGCUAUUGGCCUCUGCCAUGAGGUGGCCCUUGAAGUAUAUGGGCCACCCAACCUUCAUCCUCCUCCCACGUCUGCUGCAGCCAGGAGCCCAGAAAGCAGAGCUGCAGCCCAUGCCCCUGCCUUGCUCCAACCCCGUGCACCUAACUCUGGUUGUGCAUGGCCAGGACUCCCAAUAGGAUCAUUCCCACUGCCCCAGGAGCUGCUCAGUGUCACCCCUGGGUUGCAGGGGCUUGUUGGCCCUCCUGCCCAGCAGCCACAGCCCACAAAAGAGCCAGGUGGCACCACUGCUCCAUGGGCAUGGCUGCUCAUCGAGGCAAGGCUGCAGAAGACAUUCAGCCUUCAGGAGUGUCAUGAUGGGUCCGUGCUCCUCAGAAACUGCUCCACACUGCUGGGGUAGGAGGGUUCAGGGUUUCCUUUGGCACCUGAUUUCUUCGCCCUUGAAGUGGGGAACCUGAAACUCUUUGAGGACUUCGAUGGUGGUGGUUGGUUCUGGAUUUAUCCUCCCAGCCGCUCUUUCCUCUUGUUUCAGCUCUACCACCUGGGAUUGCUGGCAAGGAGGGAUGGCUCCCAGCUGGUCCCAGGGCACAUGGAUGUCCUGCUGGGGUGAUCAGAGACACAGGGGAAGGACCACCAGGCUGCUGCUGAGGACAGAAGCUCUCCUCUUUUGUCUGGGGGAAUGUCCUAAGAUCCUGGCUGAAGGAGCAGCCUUCACUAAGACUGCUGCCCAGGAGAUGUUUCCCUGACUUGUGACACUCCUGAAUCCACAGCAAGAAUUCAUCCAUCUCCUUCUUAUCCCUCUGCCUGGCACAGCUAGUGGAGCCCAGCAGGUUCAGCUGUCCCUGGGACACCAGGGUUGGGUCACCCAGAGCUGGUGCUGGGAUGCUGAGCCCUGUGGUGGAGGCUCCACUUGGUUUCCCCAGAGCAGCUGCAGCUCCAGGCAAGGCUUGGGGCAAGCAGCCUGGGGCAGAGCAGCAAUGGAUCUGAACGGGCUCCACUGGCUCUGCCUCUCCAUGCUCCACUUGCCAUGCCAGCAGGUUGCCCAGGAAAAGGGGUCCUUAGCAGGAGGGGGCUGGAGACACCGAGCACUGCUGCAACCCCUGUGGACUGGAGCCAGGUACAAAUAUAACCAGUGACAUCCCCAGGUGCAGUGGGGACAGCCCUGGCUAGGGAACCUGGCUCCCCAAGCCCUGCCAGAUGCCUGCUGCAGGGUCCUUGGGAGCAGCAGUGCUGCCCAGGGGGUGUGGACAUGGAGCUGCUCCCAGGCACAUAUUUAAAUCCUCACACAUGCCUUUUUUAACUUCUUUUUCUCUUUGCUUUAUAAUUUAAAUGUACGACUGGAUGGGGCAGAUCCGGGAUGCUGGUGAGAUCCCUUGGGAGUCACCCCAUUAAGAUUUAGGGAUGGGUCAUGCUGUGGUUCUUGGGGUGCCCUCGGCCUGGCUGCUGGGACAUGUGGCAGGUAACUACUAUCCCCAGGGGAUCUCAGCCCUGCAACAUGGUGGCAUCUGUUGAAUAUGUAAAAAGAAAAGCCAUGUUAUG